CUCGCUAUGCUACCAGCGUCAGGAGUCGGGCCACUGGCCACCCACAUAGUUGCUGUUGCAAGGAAAACUCGAAAGCCAAGAUGAAAGACAGCGUAAGCUUAGUUCUGUAUCCAUCUCCAGGUGUUGGUCACCUGGUCUCCAUGGUGGAGUUAGGAAAGUUCAUUCUUAAUCACUACCCUUCUUUCUCCAUCACCAUUCUCAUCCCCACCCCACCCUUUAAUCUAGGCUCUGUCACUUCUUACAUUAACCGUGUCUCCACCACCACCCCUUCCAUCACCUUCCAUCACCUCCCCUCUGUUCCUUUUUCUCUUGACUCCAAUUCCUCUCCCCACCACGAAACCCUUAUCUUUGAGUUUCUCCGCCUCAACAUCCCCAACGUCCACCAUGCCCUUCAAACCAUUUCUCAGUCCUCCACAAUUCGUGCAUUUAUCUUUGAUUUCUUCUGCAUCAACUCUCUCGACGUUGCCGCCGCCUUCAACAUCCCUGCUUACUGCUACUACACGUCUGCUGCGUCCUGCCUCGCUUUAUUCCUUUAUUUCCCGACAAUCCACAGAAACACCACGCAAAGCUUCAAAGAUAUGGACGCCCAUCUCGAGGUCCCGGGCCUACCACCAGUUCCAGCCCGUGACAUGGUUAAGCCGAUCCUUGAUCGAACUGACAAAGCCUACACAGGACUUUUAAACAUGAGUACUCAUCUUCCUAAAUCAAGCGGAGUUAUCGUAAACACGUUUGUGUCGCUGGAGAUAAGAGCUAUCAAAGCCUUAUCAAAUGGAGUUUGCGUUCCGGAAGCUCCCACCCCACCAAUCUAUUAUAUCGGACCUGUGAUUGCGGCCGAUGAUAGAACAGGUGGUGGAGGAAGUUACACAACCGAGUGUUUAACGUGGCUCGACUCUCAGCCGAGUCGUAGCGUUGUGUUCCUUUGUUUUGGUAGCUUGGGUUUGUUCUCUGCGGUACAAUUGAAGGAAAUCGCAGUUGGGUUGGAGAAGAGCGGACAGAGGUUCUUGUGGGUGGUGCGCAGCCCACCCAACGAAGACACAAGCAAGCGCUUCUCAGAACUGCCGCCGGAACCCGAUUUGGAUGCUUUACUGCCAGAAGGGUUCUUGGAACGGACAAAGGACCGAGGCCUUGUGGUGAAAUCAUGGGCCCCCCAGACUGCAGUGCUGAAACGGGAAUCUGUGGGUGGGUUCGUGACACACUGUGGGUGGAACUCGAUUUUGGAAGCUGUUACUGCAGGCGUCCCCAUGGUGGCGUGGCCUCUCUACGCCGAACAGCGGUUAAACAGGGUUCUGUUGGUUGAGGAAAUGAAGCUGGCUUUAUGGAUGCAUGAGUCGGAAGACGGGUUCGUGAGUGCAGCGGAGGUCGAGAAACAGGUAAGAGGGUUGAUGGAGUCAGAGGAAGGAAAAGCCAUCAGAAAGCGAACUCUUGCCAUGAGAGAUGGCUCAAGUGCUGCAAUGAGCGAGGGCGGGUCAUCUCUUAUUGACCUUGCUAAGUUGGUGGACAUAUGGAGGAUGCGACAAUGAAUUUCCCUUAUCUACUCUGUUUUAGUUUGGUAUUUGUGAUUUGUGAAGAACUAAAUUGAAGAAAAAGGCUCUGAUGAUGCUGAAGAUAAAGAUGAUGAUUUUUGAGGAGGAGGACAUGAGUAAUAACAAAAUUCCGAUUAGGUAGUAAUUGCCUUUCGUAAAGCAUACCGCCUGAGAAUUCUUGAUGGAACGAUUCACUAAACAAGGAAAAGAAGAAGAACAGCACAAGAAGACACCAAAGACGAACCAACCACAAAGAAGAGACAUAAGCACAAACCAGAACAAAAAAAGCAAACCCACAAAGAAGAGAGGUUAUUGACCAAAACAGAGUCGUCUUUGUGAUAUCUCCUUUGCAGCGCAGGAGUCUGAUUCUGUUCGUCGUCCAUUUAUGUCUUCCGAGUUUUUUUUUUUUUUUUAUUUCAAUUUGCUUGAGUGAUUCGUGGGGAAGGAUUAACCCCUUCUUGUGUGUAUCCCGGUUUUUAUUUCUUAUAUUUUCUACUUCUGUUUGUUAUCAGUGGACCAAAAAGAAAAGAAAAGAAAAAUAUGUGGCUUCAUAAAAUGAUCAUAUCCAUG